AUGUCGUCGACCUCUCCCUCGAAGGAACCGGAGGUGGAACCCGAAGUUCAAUCGGGUGAAGACCAGGAACAAAUGGAUAAGGAACAACAAGACACUCAGGCGCAGGGUCAGGGAGAGUUCGAGGUGAAGGAGCAGGAUAGAUGGCUACCAAUUGCAAAUGUGGCCCGCAUCAUGAAGCUGGCUUUGCCUGAAAAUGCCAAAAUCGCAAAGGAGGCCAAGGAGUGUAUGCAAGAGUGUGUGAGCGAGUUUAUCUCAUUCAUCACUAGCGAAGCCUCCGAGAAAUGCCAGCAAGAAAAGCGCAAGACCGUUAACGGGGAGGACAUUCUAUUCGCCAUGACCUCCCUCGGCUUUGAAAACUAUGCAGAGGCCCUUAAGAUUUACCUGUCCAAGUAUCGCGAGACCCAAUCCGCCAGAGGCGAGCACCAGAACCGUCCAACAAGCAGUGGAUAUGGUGCUGGCGCGCCCGUAGGGGCCCCGGGACCUGCCGGUCCUGGUGGCCGUCCAAUGGCACCAGGUGCAGGGUUUCCUGAUGCUGCUGACAGCGCCAACAAUAUCAUGAACCAAAGCUUGGACCCGUCUGAGCAGGACACUUCCGCUUAUGGCUACCCCCCGAUGGUCGGCCAGCCGCACAACGGCACCGCUGGUGAAUCUUAUUAG